AUGGGUGAGUAUAUGAAAUCUAUUAUUUAUGUUGCUACCAGUAUAUUUUAUAAUUAUUGACAAAAUGCACAACAUAGGUGAUUAACACAUCAGUUUUUUUAAUGUAUGAUAAAGUGGCUGUGUAAUUUAAAUAAGUACUGUUCUGUUUUGUCAUACAGUGGAAAAAUUAAUCAGCUUAUGGUGGAAAUGUGUUUGUAUAACAUGAUGCAUUCAGAUGAUUCGAUAUUAUGUACCAAUAAUAGAUUUAGGUUAAAUAAAGUCAUUUGUCAAUCAAUAUUGUUGUUCUACGCAGAUACUUGAAACUCAUAUCUGUGUCUUGUCAAAUUAAUUUUUACUUUCUCUAUAAUUGGUAUCGCCAUUCAAAAAUAAUUAAACUAUUUUAUUCAUAUUUUUUUAAUUGGCAAAUAAUAUUAAAAGAGCCAAUAAUAUGUCCUAUUUUUCAUAACAGGAUAUAUUUAGUAUCCUUGAUAUUAAAUGAUUUGGUGUUGACGAUAUUUGUGGUAGGUACCAUUACAUUAUAAGAAAUGUCCAUCUAGAUACACAGACUAAAAAAAAUUGGGAAUAAAAAAAAUCUUGUGUUUAUAUAAGAUUGUAUAUGAUGAAAAAUAACUGAACACUGUCUGAAUAGUCCAACUAUAAAACUAAAAACUAAAAAUUAACACUAUCAAUAUUAAAUUAUUAUAUUAGUAACAUAUUACACAAAUUUAAAUCUAUUUUGUAUCAAAAAUAAAAUUUUAAAUUCUACUGUAUGAAAUAGUUUAAUACUCUUAAGUAAUUUUUUAAAAUGUGUAGGUAUAGUCGAGUUGUGUAGAAAAUUUGACAAUAAUAUUAUAUGUUUUAUUUAGGUGAUAAUGUAUUAUGUUUUUGUGGACAAAUGUUAUAUGAAGCAAAAUGCUUAAAAAGAAGGAAGAUAACUCAAGAAAAAGUAGAAUAUUUGAUCCAUUUUAAAGGUUGGCAUAGUAAAUGGGACGAAUGGGUAGACGCUGAACGAGUAUUAGCAGUGAACGAUGUCAACAUGAAAAAAAUGGCAUCAUUAAAAGAAAUAUAGUAAAUAAUUUAAAAUAAAUUACUACCUUUAAAAAGUACUUGUUUGUUAUAGCCCUGCCAUUGUAGUGAAUAUAUCCGCUACCAUGCGGUAGUUAAAAUAAAUUGGGUGUUAUUGUUUUAGUUAAUAGUUCGACACGAGCUAAUGAUAAAUGAAACAUGGCAAAUGUAACAAGCAAAAGUUAUGCCAUACUAGGUGAAUCUAACUAAACAGGCUGGGUUGAAUCAAAUAAAUACCUUUUAUAAAUAGAUAAUAUAAUUUGUUAAAUACAUUUAUUUUAAUUGUUAAUACAUAGUUCACGUUCAAAAAAGGGAGCAAAAAAACAGUCAAAAACUGUCAUAAUAAAAAAAGAAACCGUUCAAAGUACUCAAAAAAAUACUUCACCAACUGUGAAAGGAAGAAAACGUAAAUUAAUUAAUUAAUCAAGUGAUAAAUGGUCCAUCCUCACAAGAUUCCAUAUCAAAAAAAUGAGGUAAUUUAUUUAUUUUUUUACUGAACUUUUAUUUUAUUUGAAUGAUUAAUCAUAACAAAAUACGUUAUUUGUUCCUUUUAGGCCGUUCUUCAAAAAACUAUUGUUUCUAAUCUUAAGAUAACUGAAGUAAUUAAAACAACUAAAUUGAUUGGAGCAAUUGAAAAAAUAAAUGCAACUGAAAAAUUAAAUUAUAAUAAACAAAAAAAAAGGAAAAAAGUCCUUGUUUCUUUAAUUUGAUUUAAAAUUUAAUAAUUAUUAAAUGACAAUGAGAUUAUGUUUAAAAAAUAAGUAAAUUAUAAAUUUUGAUGUACAUAUACAUAUUAUAUUAAAAUAAAUGUAGAUGAAUAUUAACCCCAUAUGUAGUUAAUUUUGAAAUUUAUUUUACUUUAAUAUUUUUUUUUUAUUUUCAUUAUUUCUAACAUAACUAUAAUAAAUUUUUCAAACAUAUCUAAGGAAACAGUAUUAUUUUUAACUCAAUUGUAAAUAUAUUUUAGUAUUUCUUAUAUUUUGUUUUAGUAUAUAGCAUAUAUGUAGAUACCAAAUCUGGGCAUUAACUAGUUAGAAAGUUAAAGUUAAGUUAAAUUUACCUAUACUCUGUUCCAAAAGAGAACAUACCGCUCUGACGACCAGUUUACGUUCGGCGGCGCGCAUCCCCAAACCUAGCAUCGCCGUUUUAGUCAAAUAUCACGUAAUUGUAAAAAAAAAAGGUCUAUUUGACAUCGGUGUAAACUCGUCGUACAGCGACCGUCGUGCAUAAUUAGUGACCGUUGGGCACGAUCGGUGCAUGGUUUUGACGACGGUGGGAGAAUUUAGGUCUGGACGAUCGCCAACUCUCAAAUCAGCAUGCGCGAAAGCGGUAUGUUCUCUUUUGGAGCGGAGUAUUGUUAGUUUUUAUUCAUAAUAACUUUGUAAUUUAACUAGUUGAAUUGAGUGUGGAAUAUAUUCUAAUAUUUUUUUAAAUUGUUGUCAACAAUCACAAACUAUAAUAUAAAUACCGCAAAUUAAUAAGAUAUGUUUAUGAAGGUAUAUUUUAAUCCAUGAUAAAUAUUUAAAUAAGUACGUGUAAAUGUGUAAUUUAUAAAAUAUAUUAAAUAAUAUAAUUAUAUAUUAUAAGUAUAAAAAUAUAAUAUAUUAAUAAUAGUUAAUAUUAUGAUAAUGGUAUCUAUUUAUGAUAAUUUAUCAAAUACACAAAUUGUAUUUUAAUCAAAUUUUAAAUAAUAUACUUCUUUAGAAUUAGAUCCAAAUAUAAAAAUGAUAUUUAGGAGAACAGUUGGUAGACGUAUAAAUGACAAAUAUAACAAUAAAAAAUGUAUAUAAAUACAUAAAUUAUUUUAUAACGGGUUAAUUUAUUUAGAUUUUGACAAAGACCUUAAUGAAUAUGAUGAGUUAUCAUUUUUGGUUAUUGAUGGAAAUGAAGAUGGAGACAUUCUACUACUCCAACAUUUACGUUGUGCAUCGCAUACGCUUAGUCUGUUGGCGACAACAGAUUUCCAGAACAUAUCAAAGAAUUCAAAUGCCAAAAAGUACAAUCAUCCAGCAUUAUCAAAAUGUUCGACCUUAUGGAAUUUGUUACAAAGGCUAAAAUCUGUUAUUACAAGAUGUAAUUCAUUAUAUGAUUCCAUAUCACAAUUAAUUAAACAUAGAGCAAAAUUAAACACCUUGACUAAAGAAUUAGGUUUGAAGUAUCAACUAAACGAAACUGACCUAAGUUAUUUGACUAAAUUUGUUUAA